AACCCCCUACUCGAGUGCAAAGUGGUAUGGUCCCGCACGCCGCACCCACGUGACAAUACUAAGAGCACGCUUCAUCAAGUUUGUCACCUGAUCUCAUCGUCAUUGUUGUUGGGAACACCUUGCACUACAGGAAGUAGGCGGGGAACGCUGCUGUACACCAUCUCUGUCAGUAUGCUCCAGAAAAAAGAUCAGCUGCCUAGCAGGUAAGUGAACGUUUGCGCCGUGUACGACUCACAUUGGGAUGGACCAUGGCGCCCUCGCACGCUCGUCUGCGCCCCCGACCAACGCUGUGGCUCCUAACAGCAAUUUGUACAGUGGUGGCAGCACAAUCUCCGACAGGUGACAUGCUGACAGGUUGCUGUAGUGGGAGGGGGGUGCCCACCAACUGUCAGCACCUCUGCUCCAGGACAGAAGAGAUCACCUUGUUCGACUUCCUGACAUGCCAAGAUCACCUCACCUCCGUCAGUCACUGCCUUAGGGGUGGUGAGGACCGCUCUCCCUGCUGUAGAGAUAAGGGAGUGCCGGAGCUGUGUCUGGGCUUCUGCUCUGGGGACAUGCUGACCAUGGACAGCUCCCACUUCUCCUGUGUACCACAUAUCCAGGACCUCACCACAUGCAUACAGAUGCCCCCUACAGGUGAUACACAAAUGUCCACUUUACCACCAACAAUGUAUACAACAUCUGGGCCAAGAGAAAUGUCUGCUCCCAGUUCUCCCAGAAACCUGACAGCAGAAGCGGUGUCCUCAACCUCCAUCCAGCUGUCAUGGCUGCCUCCCGCAGUGUACGCAGCGGACGUGACGGAGUAUGUGGUGCGUUACCUGGCGUACGGGACCGACAUCUUUCAGCAGGUCACACAUGCUGCAGCAAAUGGAACAUCAGUUAUCCUGGACAGCUUGAGUGUGAACACCACCUACCAGUUCCAGGUGUCAGCCAGGAGUCCUAAUGGCACCAGUCUGCCUUCUGAACCUGUGGUACAAAGUACUGCAGGAGAUGUGGGCAGUGAUGGUUUGCCCGGUAGACCCAGGAAUGUACAAGCCGUACAGUUCAGCCCCCUGUCGGUACUGCUGUCAUGGGACCCACCCCAGCAGAGACCUGGCACUGUCACUGUCUACAUCAUCACCUACUGGGACACGGCGGAACUGCAGUCUCACACUGGGAUGCUGGAAAUAUCUGCAGCUGCAGCUGACAAUGCAGCUGUAGUCCACCACCUGCAGGAAGACACCACCUACCAAUUCCAGGUGGCAGCCAGAAAUCCCAACGGAACUGGACUACCUUCUGACAUUGUGCAGGCCACAACUGGAUAUGAACGUGUUCAGAACGUCAGCAUCAUGCUGGAAGCUGCCACGUUGGGGCCGUCGGAGGUGCAGCUGACAUGGUCGCGCCCUGACGUGUUCCACGUGGCUGUCGUGGCGUACACUGUACAGUACCGUUCCUCGGGAGACCAACUACAUGAGAAAAGGGUGAAUGGGAAUACUACAACACUGACAGUGGCAGGUCUCGCCCCCAGUACUGUCUACAUGUUCUCUGUCAUGGCAGCCAUUGUGACUCCUGACUUGUCUAUCGCAGUGGUGGAGUCAAACAUGGUCAAUGCCACUACUCAGGCUGAUGAGUCUGAGAUCAUGACAUCACCAAGUCCAGCAAACGUAAGCAGAACAACUCCAACCUAUCAGCCGGGGUCUAGUUCACUGUCAAUCAGGACAACUGCUACAUCUGUCCCAGAUACGCCACCAGCUCCUCACACAUCAACAGUUACAGUUUUCUCAACUAUGUCAUCACCAACACCAACUGCCAACACUCCAGCCAAAGUAGUGAGUCGGCCGACCACUCCGACUACGGUCAACCCAGCACGCCACACCACCACUGGACCUCCGUCCUCUACGCUGACCACCAGUUCCCUUCCCGUUCCGCUCGAGUCGACCACCGCAGCUGUGCAGACGGUCACCACCAAGUUGACCCCGCGGGAAAUGCCGUGCGGUGAGGGUCGUGAGGGAUACUGUCUGAACGAUGGGCACUGCUACAUGCUACAGAUGGAUUCAGGCCAUAUGUCGUAUUACUGCAAAUGCACCUCUGAUUGGAUUGGUACCAGGUGUCAGAGCCCCAACAUCAUCGGUAACACCAGACCUUCCACUGGAAAAGGGGAGCAGAAGCAGACGGUGUCCAUCGCUGUGGCCGUGUCCGUGCUACUUGUGCUGGUCAUCGUGGGAAUGGUCAUCCUCUACUACCUCAGGUCUUGUCUUAAAAAACACAAGCAAGCCCUGUCAGCUAGAGGUGACAGAGGUGGGGAGCUGGGAUCUUUCAACAACCCCAUGUAUGGGGAAGAGAAUGAACUGCAGUGCACUUUAAGCUCAGCAGGGGGCACUGCCAUUACACAGGUCUUGCAAUCUCUCAUGCAGGACUUCCACAAUUCCUUGGAUGAUGACGGGUACACUCCGUUGACCUUUGGCUCCAAGAUGGGGCCAGCGGCGUACGAGUCCCCCUUCAGCGAGGCAGACGGUGAGACCCUGGUGGACAGCAGUGGCUACGACAAUGUUGGCCUGGUGGUCCCCAGUCGUAGUAGCUCCACUCACAACUUCAACAACCCUGGGUACGGCCCUGUCAUUCAGGAGAUACAAGCAUAGUCUGGAGCUGGUAUAAAAGUACAUCUGUGAGUGG